AUGGGGCUGCAGCCCCGGCGCGCCGCGGGACCGUGCCCGCCGGCGGGGAGAUGCACCGCCCUGCCCGGGGCGCGCACCGCGGCUGCCUGGGCCCGCAGCGAGGAGCCGGAGGGAGCUCCCGGCCGCACCGCGUCCCUGCCGCCCAUUCUGCCGGCCGCCACCGCUGCCCCUGCCGCCGCCCGAGUACAGCCCAAGAAGCCGGCGACAGCCCCCAAGAAAGCAGCGCCUCGGCCCGCUGAGGAGAAGGCGGCGAGGAAGGCGCGGGGGGCGCCCCCGGACCGGACGGGCCCCCUCUCCAGCUCCUGGCCCUGCUCCUCCCUACAGCGGCAGCCGCCACGAAGGCCGCCGGCCGAGCGAGGGGCGCGGCCCCAGCCCGCCCCGCCGCAGCCGCGGGGCCGCCCGGGCGCAGCGGGAGCGAGCAGCCGCUCCUGCGAGAGCCUCGGCGGGGCGGCGGGGGAGGCGGCGCUGCGCUUCUCGCUCAGCCUGCCCCCGGAGGCCGUGCGGGUGCUGCAGCGCCGCAGCCUGGAGCGGCAGCGGGGGCAGCCGGCCCCCUCCCCCGGCGGCAGGGCGGCCCCGGCGCGGCGCGGCGCCCGGGCGGGCGGCGGCGAUUUGCGAACCCUGCUGAAGAUUUCGCUGCUCAACGACAGGCACCGCUACGACGACGAGGAGUACGAAGAGGAGGAGGCGGCAGCCGGGGCCACGGUGGACGAAGGGCUGGUGCGGAAAUGUACCGAGUGGCUGCGCGGCGUGGAGAGCGCGGCCGGCCGCGACCGCCCCGACAGGCUGGAGACGCUGCCGAGCCUGGGCACCCUCUGA